GGGUCAGUGGCCGGUGCCCCUGAUGCCCGCUCUGCUCCCCGCUCCUGGUGGCCCUCUGUUCUCAUCCUCCACAGGGCAGGCACUGCAGCCCCUCCUUCCAGCUUUGCAGCCAGUUGCCAGCACUGCCCCUGCUCCAGAGCUGCUCUCCCUGCUCGGCUAAGCAGCGCCAUCAUGGUGCUCAGUGUCACGUCUUCCCUCCUCUCCUUCCUCCCAUAGAUGUUUGGAAAAUACCUCCAGCCCUCGGAGAGGACAGACAUCGUCCUAACAGCCAUUGAGGGCAUGAGAGACUCCAGCAUCUUUGACGCGCAGGUGGCUACCAGCAUGCUGGAUGUGGCCAUGAUGGACCCCGCCUCCUGGCUGAAGAACGUAAGCAGCCUGUGGCUGGAUUGCCCUGCACUUGAGCCCUUUGAAGGGCUGUCCCUCCCUUCCGCUUCAGCUCUCUCGGGCACACAGCACCAUCUGAAGCCAGCAAAGAGUGAUGCGAAGGGAAGUAGCAGUUCUCAGCCUCGUUUUCCUCGGCUGCCCUCCUUCUCACCUGUGUGCUCUCCAGGUGCCAAAGAUCAUGAGGUGCAUCUAUGAAAACCUGAUGUGCAUCACCACGGGGUCAGCCCGGCACAGCCUGGACUUACUGCUUCUCCUGCUGACCCACCUGUACCCCCAUGAGGUGGUCAUAAGCCUGUUGAACUGCUCCCCACCAUGUGACAGGUACAGGCCCCAGCAGCCUUGAGGCCUUGUUCCACGUGGGGAGGGUGCCCAAAGACCCUCUCGUUGCCAGACCCAAGUAAGACUGCAGGCUAUCCCCAAAGGGCAGGGCUCUAACCCCCGCCAUGCUUUCCAGCCCCUUUCUGGCAUCUGCCACAGGCCCACAGCAGCCAGAGCUGACCACACCAGCCACAGAGCCGCACUCCUGCCCCACAGUGAACAUGGGCUCAGCUGUCUCCUGCUUGCCCAGGUGGGGCUCACCAGGCCCAACAGGAAUCCAAGCAAGGGUGGAGUGGGUAGGGCCAGAGCCGCAGCCUGGCUCCUCUGGGACUUGCUCAAGCUACAGAGCUGUGGCCGAGGCAGCUCUGCCGACUGGACGCUCUGGGCCUGCAGCAUUGCCACGGCCAUGUGGGAGGUGAUGGUAUGCCUGCCCAGGUUUUUGGACAAAGUGCUGAGGAAGCUGCUCAGCAUCCUGGAGGACCGGCUACUGCUCAAGCAGUUCAGAGUUGUCCCAGAUGACACCUGCAUCCUCCCCUUUGCUGCAACCAAGGCACUGCAUGAGAUCCUUCAGCAGCCCACCUGCCAGCAGAGGGUAACAGCGCUCUUCCCCCAGCUCUACAUGGCACUGCUCUUGCAGAUGUCAUUCGCUGCAGCGUUCCUACCGGAGGACGGCAGUGUCUGCUGGAGGAAAUGCUGCCCAGGGGAUCAGCCUUCUCCAGCCAGCCCUGUCAGGUCUGCAGUGCAGGCCAUGAAAGCUCUGCUCUGCUGCGCUGGCUACGAGGAGCAGGUCCUCUUCAUCCAGAAGAGGGGCGGCUGGGACCUGCUUCUCAGAGCUGAGACUCACCACAGCGGAAUCAGUUUGCUGGCCAGACAGAUGAGGACAAACCCAGUUCAGCAGUGUUCCUGGAUCUUCCACCAGCUGGAAACACUUCUCAGCAAAGGGGACAAAGUACAGGAAGUCACUGCCAUGGCCUUCUUUGUUGAGCUGCUGAGCUGUGCAGAGCUUAAAACCGUGGACUGCUGUGUCCUGUACCUCCUCCAGAAGUAUCUGAGGUCUCAAGGCCUGGUGAUGCGCUCGCUGGUGCUCAGAGGCCUCAUGACGCUUUCCGAGAGACCGGAGAUGGUCAGAAAAAUGCAGGGUCUGCUGCCAGACCUCAUGGAGGUGCUGCAGGGGGCCAACACAGACAUCAGCAUGAAGGCCCUGGUUGUCUCUGGCAACGUGAUCCGCCAUAUGGACAGGGCGGCAGUGGGCCCCAUCGCUCUGCAGCUGGCGGAGAAGCUCAUGCCACUCUUUGAUGACGAAUCCAGCCAGGUGCGAGAGCUCUCCAUCUGCCGCUUCAAAGAGGUGAUGGAGCUUGUGGAGGGGAGCAGCAGGAAGCAGAUGCAGAAGAAAGUGCGUAGGUGCCUGCUCCCGCUGUUCUUCCACGUGAAUGACGAGACCCAGAGUGUGGCCAAGGCCUCCUGGGAAGCCCUCGUUGCCGCUGCAGCGUGCCUGAAGUGGGCACAGCUCAGGGACCUGACCCAGACAAAGCAGACAUGGAGGAUUGCCGAGUUCUUGCUGGCGAGAGGCAGGAGCCAAGUGGAAGACUACCUGUGUCAGAGCCUGCCGUACUUGGAGGACUCUCAGGCAUCCCUGCGAGAGGUGGCCGUGAGGUUCCUUGGGCUUGCCGGGCGACGCUUGAAGAACCCAAGGGAGGAGAUGCUGCGGGAUAUCUGCAACGUCCUUCGGCCCUUGGAGAAUGACAUCCAGCCCUCCAUCUGUUCCCUGGCCACUCAGACCAUCCUCAUCUUGAGAACUCCAAGGAAACAGUCACCAUCAGGCUGGAACCUGCAGGCCCUGCGCUGCUGGCUCCAGAGAGCACGGGAGAGGUGGAACCACCCUCUGGGAAACGGCUCUUCUCGAGGAGAAUGAGGAUGACAGUCCCAGGCCCACGGUGCCCUUCCAUUGGUGACCUCCUGAGCAGGCAGAACAGUCUGGGUCAUUCUGGGCAUCUGCUGCAGUUCACCCCUCAGGCCUGAUGGGCAGAAUGAAAUAGACCAAGGGGAUUUCUGAGCAGCAAUUAGUUCAGAGGUUAUAAUAAAAUUCCUCACAUUA